AAUCCAAAAUAUAAAUGAGUUUUUGAACCAACAAAUAAACAAAAUAAAAUUUGCAUACGCAGAGAGAAAAAAGGAGCGGGGAGAUAGAGAGAGAAAGAGAAAGGGUUUCACUUUUCGAGUACAAACUUCAAAGUGCGCGAGCGAGACACAGUGAGAGAGGUUUUUUCUUGAUCGUUGUUAGCGCGGCGGAACCCUAGCGAACUCGGUGCGGUUGCGAUAGAAAGAGAGAGAGGAUGAGCGGGAAAGGUGGUAGCGGCAAGGGGUUACCAGUAACGACGAUUCCGCCAUCGUCGAAGAAAAUUGUUCAGAGUUUGAAGGAGAUUCUCACCAAUUUUCCCGAACACGAGAUCUACGCUAUGCUUAGGGACUGUAACAUGGACCCUAACGAAACUGUCAAUCGUUUACUCUCUCAAGAUCCUUUUCACGAGGUGAAGAGCAAGCGAGAGAAGAAAAAAGAGAAUAAGGACCCAACAGAUUACAGGUCUUAUGGGAGCGGGACAAGUAGCACAACUAGUCGUGGUGGUGGACGUGGUGGCACUGAUCGUCAUGGUGGACACGGUGUUACCAACCAUUACAGCAGUAUUGAUUCUGGUCUGCUGGGAAAAACUGUUCAUAAAAAGGAAAAUGGAAUACCUGCUUAUGGAGGUUCUCUAUCUUCCACAUCUAGUGUCAUGGGAAUUAAUGAGAACAGGCAACCACCGUCGCACAGUAGUUCUGAGGCUACUGAAAAAACAUCUACAAUAGGCAUCAAUGAUGGACUAUCUUCAUCAUCACAAUAUGGUGGGGGACCGCAAUCUGCCUGGAAGGGGAAUGUAGUGGGUCAAGUAUCAAUGGCUGACAUUGUGAAGAGGGGUAGGCCGCAGGCCAAGGCAUCCGUGCAUGACUCUUCCUUCCACAGCGGCAAUCGUCACAACGGUUUGAUGCCUUCAGAAGCAUUAGAUCACAGUUUGCAAUUACCGCAACAUGCUUCCAUGGUUUCAGAGACUAAUACUGAUCAAGGUUCUGCUAUUAGUCACAGUGUUCCACAGAAUAAUGAAUGGCCUUGCAUUGAGAACCAACAAGAUGUUAGAGUAUACAAUGUUGUUGAUGUCCCAGAAAAAUCUGACUACUAUGAGAACCCGUCUAGCUUUUCUGAAGCUUACUGGCAGAAGGAUGACUUAGACGAACGCCUAGCUGAUGAUGGUUAUGUUGAGAUUGCAGAUGAUGUCAGAUCUGCUUCUACAUCUGUUAAAAGUUCAUCAGAGGAUAACACAGGAGGAGAUGGCGUUUCAUCAGUGGCUGCAAACUUAGAGCAGCUAAAUUUACAGAGAGACGAUCAGGGGACAAAACCAGAGGAGGAUGAUUCUUCUAUAAUAAUUCCCAGUCACCUACAACUCCAUACACCAGAAUGCUUGAAUCUGAGCUUUGGACGUUUUGGAUCUCAAAACAAUGCCCCCCUUUCUGGAUCUGGGCCAUAUAAUUCUAGGUCCUUGAAAAGUAACGUGGAGGAUACACAUGGAACGUCUGAUGUUUCAGCAACUGGAUCAUCUGAUGCUAGAAAUCCCAACUAUUAUGGAGAUGAACAUCAUGCAUCUACCUCAGAAGGAAGUUUAGCUCAUCCAACUGGUGUGAGUUCUGGGACCUAUGAACAUUCUUCCAUUUCACAACAAGAAGACUUAAAACUGGAACAUCCUGAAACUGCUCAGCAAAACCUACAUUCAUUUCCUUCAUCUUCACAUGGGUUUACUUAUGGAAAUGCCCUACAAAAUGUCACAUUUCCUCAUUCACAGAUAAGCCCGCAGAUGCAGAAUCUUGCUCCCUUCUCUAGUGUAAUGGCAUAUGCAAAUUCUUUACCAGAUGCUCUUUUGGCUUCGACAACUCAAACAGCAAGGGAAGAUAUCCCAUACUUACCCUUCCCUGCUACACAACCAAUGCCUGCAAAGCUUAACAACAUUGCUUCUUCAUUUGGUGAUCUCACCAUAACCAUGUCAGAGGCUUUGAGAGCUAGCAGCAUUUCUACACCUCAACCUAAUCCACACACACUGACCGGUGCCAAUGUUGCCACUGGACCUACACUUCCUCAACACCUGGCUAUGCAUCCUUACUCCCAACCUACUCUUCCUCUGGGACAUUUCGCCAAUAUGAUUAGCUAUCCACUGUUGCCUCAGAGCUAUGCCUAUAUGCCAUCAGCUUUUCAGCAGACUUUUGCUGGAAACAACGCAUAUCACCAGUCUCUGGCAGCAUUGCUUCCACAAUAUAAAAGUAGCGUUUCUGUCAGCAACGUGCCUCCGUCUGCUAAUAUUCCACCUGGAUAUGGCUUUAACAGUUCAACAAGUAUUCCUGGAGGAGGAAGCUUUUCUUUGAAUCCACCUGCUGCUGCUACCGGGACAACCAUUGGAUAUGAGAAUGUUAUAAACUCCCAGCUUAAGGACAACAGUCACAUGAUUUCACUACAACAGAAUGAGAAUUCUCCCAUUUGGCUUCAGGGGCCUGGCUCACGAACAAUGCCUGCAGUUCCUCCCAGCGCGUAUUACAGCUUACAGGGACAGAAUCAACAACCUAGUGGAUUUCAGCAACGGCAGCAGCCAACACAGCAUUUUGGAUCCCUUGGCCACCCUAAUUUCUACCAGUCUCAGUCUGGCAUUUCUCUAGAACAUCAGCACCAAAAUUCUCUGGAAGCAUCCCUGGGUGGUUUGCAAAGCCAACCAUCUCAGCAGUCCCAACAGUUAUGGCAAAACAGCUACUAAUCCUAGUCGGCUCUUGGUAUUUCAGCAUCUGUUCUGCUACAUUUGAAUGAUUGAGAGUAGAAAAUGAGAUGAAAGAGAAUGAGGGAGAAAAAGAAAGAGAAGAGAAAACAAAUCCAUUUUUAAUUGUUUUGAUUGAUAGAAAAUGUCUUUUCUCUUCUCUUGUUCGGGCCGAAGGAAAAAUGAAUCGAGAAAGAAAAUGUGCAUUGUGUAAAAUUAACUUAUUAUUAUUCUACGAAGAAAAACAGUUUUCAAAUAACCUUACUAACUUGUUA